AUGUCACUAUAACAGAAGGACAUAAUCAGCGUGGUAAGUUUGCAGAACCUUACAGCCAGUCUGCGCCAGCAGGGAGCUCACUUCUUUCAGCUUUUCUGAGGUUUCGAAGUCCACUGCAAACAUGUCCGACACAGAGGAAGUCGAGCAGGUCGAGGCUGUAGAAGAGGAGGUAGUAGAGGAGAUAGAGGUGGCCCCUGAGGCGGCCCCUGAGCCAGAACACGAACCAGAACCAGAGCCUGAGCCAGAACACGAACCAGAGCCAGAGCCAGAACCAGAGGUAGAACCUGAGCCAGAACCAGAGCCUGAGCCUGAAGAGGAGAAGCCAAAGUUUAAGCCCACCGCUCCCAAGAUCCCAGACGGUGAGAAAGUGGACUUCGAUGACAUUCAGAAGAAACGUCAGAACAAGGAUCUGAUGGAGCUGCAGUCUCUCAUCGAUGCUCACUUUGAGUGUAGGAAAAAGGAGGAGGAGGAGCUGAUUGCACUGAAGGAGAGGAUUGAGAAGCGUCGUGCUGAGAGGGCCGAGCAGCAGAGGAUCCGAUCUGAGAAGGACAAGGAGCGCCAGGCCAGACGUGAGGAGGAGAGGCGGAUCAAGGAAGAGGCUGACGCUAAGAAGAAGGCAGGUGAAGAGGCCAAGAAGAAGUCUGCUCUGUCAAGCAUGGGCUCCAACUACAGCAGUCACCUGCAGAGAGCUGACCAGAAGAGAGGAGGAAAGAAAGAAACUGAGAGAGAGAAGAAGAAGAAGAUCCUGGCUGCCAGGCGCAAGCCCCUUAACAUUGACCAUCUGGGUGAAGACAAGCUGAAGGAUAAGAUCAAUGAGUUCCAUGACUGGAUGAAGCAGCUUGAGUCUGAGAAAUUCGACCACAUGGAGAAACUGAAGAGGCAGAAAUAUGAGGUUACAACCUUGCGUAAGAGAGUGGAGGAGCUCAGUAAAUUCAGCAAGAAGGGAGCUGCUGCCCGCCGCAGAAAGUAGACAGGUUCAACCUGCAACUGCUAAAACAACCAAACUGCAAUGGAAAUUCACGGACACACACCUGAUGAAGCAAUGCACACUGGAAAAGGCUGUAACUCGGAAGACGCUAGUAAAGCUGAAGUGUACCCGGCGGUUAUCCUGAACAUGCAACCAGGAGCCUUUAGCUGCUGUUCACGAGGAAAAAAAACACCCAAAAACCAUCUGCCGUGACGCUUCCUCGGCCUCAAAUGUUUGGUUCUCAAUAUUUUUGUAAAUAAAGUGCGACUCUUCAAGCCAUGUCUGUAGAUCUGUUGUUAUUCAGAAAUAAAGUUCCAUAUUUUUAGAUGUCCAA